GGCGUACUCCAUGUUCGGUAUUUGCUAUGGGUAGCAUUUUGGUUCUUUGGAGUCCCUACUUCGAUUCCUCGGUGCCUGGAUGCUCAGCGGGCAUAUCUCUGCCAGCCGGACCGUGAAAUGGGCAUCGUGGGGCCGUGGAUGGCGGCGGCCAUGUUUCAACUGCUCAGCGGCUGUGCGUUCGGUUGAAAGGAAGAAGGUAGGUGCGAUUUCGUGUGGAGGGAGCGCUGAAGCGUCUUUGUCUUUCGCGAGCAAUGAACCAGCUGCAGAGAAAGGAGCGACGAGGGCGCAGACUGGACGAGCUGAUGCUUCCUUGGAUAUGACUUCUGCUGGUAGAGGCAGCAAUCCGGGCUCUUUGUCAGCGAGAGAUACCAGCGGAGGAGGAUUAUAACAGAAGUCGAGCGCAAGCGACUGGCGCGAGUAAUGUGGGUGUGGAUUCUGCAGGUACAGGCGAACGAUCAAAGAACGUACUGGCGCGUGACGGCGGCGUUGCUGCCGGUGCGAGAUUCGCUGGCGAAGGCUGGGGCUAGGACUGUGAGGUCCGAUCACUGUGUUCACUGUUGGUGGCGCUCGUCGGGUCGUCAUUCAAGUGUUCAAUGAGGCAUGUGGGGUCCAGACUCCUCAGUUCUAGUGCUCGCUUCCGGUGAAGCGCGCCAGUGACAAUCUCUUGAAAUGUAGUAGUUGCUGCGGCGAGAUUGUGAGUAUGAUUUUUGUUGUGCGUUUGUGGAAAUCUCGUGAGGUGGCAUUAGCGAGCCUCUGAGUGGCGGGAAAUCGAUUCGGUCCAGCGCGAAGGGUUUUGGUCCCCGAUUUGGCGGGAAAGGGAAAGAGUUGACUGGCGGGAAAAGGAACGAGGUGAGGAUGUCUCAAACUCAAGGGACGGUCAACGGAAAGGAUGGGCCGCUUCUGACUCCACCGGGAGGUGCGGGUGUGCAGCUGGCCUCCGCUGGAGUGGUGGAGCAGGCGUCUGUUGUGGUGGUCCCGUCGCCAGGGCAGGGAGAGGGGGCGUGUGCUGUUCAGUCGCCCCCUGCCGCCGUGAGGCAGUCGUCAUUUCCUAAAACGCAACAUGGAGUUGGAGACCAGCACCAACAACAUCAGCAGCAUCGAAGGGUGGUUAAAGAUGCUUUCGCACCUGGCUCAAGCCGGGAGGAAAAGCUGGCGCUUGUGUCCCGUUUUCUUAAAGAGGAAGGCUUUCUGGAAACAGCCAAGGCGUUGGAGAGCGAGCUGCGCUCGAAAGGGCUGAAAAUUACUUCUGACCGGGCCAAUCAAGGUCGCCUUACAAGGCCAAACGAUGGGAAGGGCGAUAGCGGUCCGCCCGCAUCGGGAACCUCGUCAUACCGUCGCCAGAUUAACCGUUCUGGUUUGGUAUCGGGCCUUAAUCGCCAACUGGCGGCGGUCCCAGCGGCUUCAAGUGGAGCAACGGCAGCUGGAGCAACGGCAGGAUCAGGAAAGGCGGUGGCUGGAUCAACGGCAGGGAGCACCAAGGCGCCAACCACGACGACGACGACAACCCAAGGAGCGGCUGCAGCGGCGAAUUCCGGAGCACCAACGGGAAUCUCUAGUGGCUCGACUGCAGCUGCUGGCACCACAACAGCUAAAGCAGUCGCACGAUCUCAAAUAAGACCGACCGGUGCAGUUGAAGCUAUUUCUGCUGCCGGCGGCGGGACAACAAAAAGUCCUGGCACGCCGGGAGGUUUGAGUGCUGGUGGAGCGUCUGUGCCUUCUGCGACGAAUGAACCCUCUGGAGAGAAAGGAGCAGUGACUGGAAAAGCUGAUGCUUCGUCGGAUUUUACUUCUGCUGGGGGGGGCAGCGAUCCGGACUCAACUGCAGCGGGAGAUACCAGUGGAGGAGGAUUACCACAGAAGCCGAGCGAGAGCACUCCUAAUGUGGGUGUGGCUUUGCCGAGUGCCGCCCGAGGAUCAAAGAACAGACCGGUGCGUGGCAGCAGCGUUGCUGCUGGUAAUACUUCAUUGUCUGCAGGUAAAAAAGAAGGAGCUUCUGCGGUGCUGAGUUCCGAAGCAGAGGCGGCGAAGGACAACGAGAGUGGAAAGAAGGAGCUGGCUGCGUCCUCAGCGGGCAACAAUGCGGGAAGAACGGGUGCGGCCAUGAGCGUGGGAGGGGAGAGCAAGAAGAUGGCCAGUGGUGCUCAGCAGGCCGGAGAAGACAAGGCAACGAUCUCUGCGCCCGCGAAACCUGGGAAAGCAGCUGUAGAGCCAAGGAAGUCAAGGGAGGAAGGCAAACAAGUGCGUGGUGCUACAGCUUUGUCAGUGGCUAGCGAUGUGGGCUCUGAAAAAGAAAAUGCUGUGAAUGAUCAAACUUCUCCGAAGGAGGAUAAAAUACAGCAUUCUGCGGUCCCUGCUCUUGAUGCUGGGGAUGAUGUGGAGAUGGAGGAGCAGGUUGAUUAUGAGGACGACAGUAUAAUAGUGAAUCAUGUGCCAGAUCUCGCUGGCAGGGACAAGGAGGGAGCGCCGGGGGCACCUGAAGAAGGGGUUGGUACAAAGAGCCCGCUUGAUGUGGCAGAAGCCAGCCGAAGUCCGCAGAUCCAGCUGCCACAGACAACCAAAGCAGAGAAUCGGAAGGAGGACGCAAUUGGAAGCAAUAAUGAGCAUGAAGCUGGAAAGGCAACUGUGAAUGGGACAGAGAGUACGAAGUCCUCAGACAAAGCGCACAUCAUCCAAGCAGAAGAGAAUGAAGCUGCCGACGGAAAGAUGGAAGAUGUUAUUGAGCCAGCUAACGAGAAAGGGAAAGGAAUGGGCAUGGAUGUGCAGGCUGAAGAUCAAGGCAAGGACAAUCUGAAGAAAAUGGAGCCAGCAAAUGAAGAGGAGAAGGCAGGGAUCAGAGGUGCUGAGAAUGAAGUACAGUGCAUGGAUGUGGAUGCCAAAGAGGCUGGUGGGGAGCAAAAGGAGGACAAGGACGAAAUCAAAACUGCAGACCGCAAGCAGGAAGACGGGGGGGAGAAGGUUCUCGAUGAGAUCGGUGUGAGAUGGGAUGACAGUGAUGUGAGUGAUCAUGAAUCUGAGGAUACGGAGGUCAAGGGGAAGGAGGACGAGGAGAUGGCUAGCCAGGCUGCAGAUCGGAAGCAGGGAGCAAAGCCCGCAGCCAACCGUGGAUCCUUGACUCGCAUAGUUUCCACAGCUGGAGGUCGUCGUGCGCAGUCUUCUGGGACGCUUGGGGAGGGAUCUGGUGGAGCGAAGGGAUCACCUGCUUCCAAAGCUGACACAGCGGUGGGCGCUGGAACUUCUAAGCAAAAUGGGCCAAAGUCGACUACCAGUCCAAACAGCAUGAAACUAGAGGAGGAUCGGAAGAGGAAGAGUUCAGAGCUUGCCCGACAAACAGGUGCGGUGAAUGGUAGCAGCAGAGGGGGAGCACCUGGGGGUGGCAGUGGAAGGGAUGCUCGUGAGACAGGCUUACGGAGUAGUAGUCAAUCUGGGGCGGGAGGGCACAAGCAUCCCGAGAAGUCUAGGGAAGAGCUUGCUCGGCGUGAUUCACGAGAGCUGGAGAGGGGGAGAGAGAGGGAUAGGGACAGGGAUAGGGACAGGGAACGAGAGAGGGAGAGAGAGAGGGAAAGGGAGAGGGAGCGUACGAGGGAGAGAGCUCUGGAAAGGGACAGGGAAAGAGACAGAGAAAGAUUGAGGGAGAGGGAGAGAGAGAGGGAAAGGGAGAGAGAAAAAGAGAGGGAAAGGGAAAGGGAAAAGGAGAGGGAACGUGAAAGGGGUAGGACACGUGACGAAGGAAGAGCUCGAAGUCCUCCUAGAGAUGGAAGCCAAGCUAGACGGGACUGGGAACGAAGAGUUUCCGAAAAACGGGCCUUAAGCAGUGAACGCGCAGCUGGUUAUGAACGGCAUAUCUCUAGCUCGCACGCGAAGGAACUGCAUCGGUCAUCAGCACAUGAAUUGGAAAAGGAAAGAGCAGCCCGUCUCCCGGGAUGGGAGCUUGAAAGUGAUAGGCACAAGGCCUCUGGGCUGUACAAAGAAAGCGAUAGGGGACUAGAGCGGAAGGAAGGUGGUAGAGAUAGGGAUGCUGCAAGGGAUAGGGUGGAUCCUGCCGAGAGGGCUUCAUUUGACCGGGAGAGUGAGAGAAAACGCAUGCGUUAUGAAGAAGCAGGGGGUUCGUCACAGUUUCCAAGAGGGCGUGCCAGCUCCCCUGGCAGAGAUUCGCCGCGGCGAAAGGGAUGGGAACGAAGCCUAUCUCCAUCAAUGGCCAAGGCGCCUCCUGGUGCAAAGGUUCUACAAUGGGAGAAAGGAUCGGCGGAGGGCAGGGAUCGACUAUCGUUUGGAAGUGGCACAGGAAGAAGUCAUCUGUCGCCAGGGCAUCCAGGUAUCGGAAGAGAUCUUGAAAGAUAUCAAGUGGAGAGAGAAGAACGGUUAAGGGAAGAAAGGAUAAGGGAGAUCAGGGAGUCGAUAAGGGAAGAACGGAUAAGGGACGAGCGGAUAAGGGAUGAGCGGAUAAGGGAUGAACGCCUAAGGGAGGAGAGACGGUUGGUGAGGGCUGAGCUUGACAUAGCAGCUGGACUGUUCAAAGAUCGUCCGGAUGGCCCACUAGAUUUUCCAAGGCAUGCAAGGCCUGGUCUUGGGCCGUUGGAUGGUGUUCGGACGCCGCCUCCUUGGGUGAAUUUGGGUCCAUCGGAAUUUAAUCAGAGGCCAGAUAUCAUGGUGGGUGGGCCACUUGACAUGCGGUUCGAGAUGGGGAUGUUUGGUAGGCCUGGUGGUGGCCCAGGUGAUAGAGAGCCAUGGCCUCGCGAUGAUAGGUUGGGUGCUGUCCCACCAAGCUUUCGGCCCCGUCCAGAAUCCAUGGAGCGGGAACUGAGGGCUGAUAUCUUGGGGUUCAGACCCGGUGAGAGGGAGGCAAGGCCCAGGGAGGACUGCCUGGAUGUGGCACUAAGUUAUAGGCACGGGCCAGACUCCGCCGAGAGGGAACCUCGGCCUAGGGAUGAGAGAUCAGACCUUUUGCGGCGGGAAGAGAGGCUUGAGUUGGGUCCAGGCUUCCGUGGAAGUGAUCGUGACUCCAGGGGCCGGGGAGAAGGCAGGCCUGACAGUCCAUCGUUCAAGUCAGGGUCAGCGCUCGGUGCUCAAGGCGAAAGAGAGCCUCGAUCUAGAGAGGACAGACCCGAUGGUCUUCUUGGCUAUCGGAUUCCACCAGGGGAGAGAGAUUCCAGGCAAAGGGAUGAGAGAAUGGAAGGCCCAGGAGGGUUCCGCCCACGAUCGGGUUCUGAGGAGAGGGAUGUCUUGAUGUUCAUUGCAGGUGGUCCAGGAGCUACGGACCGGGAGGGAAAAGGCAGGGAAGACAGGCGUGGGUCGAGUCCAGAGGGAAGAAGUUCGAGGCCGGAUGGGUUACUGCCACUUCCAAUGCGUCUGGCGCCGAGCCCUGGGGAAAGGGAGCCUAGGAUGAGGGAGGAGAGGAUCGAUGUUCCUCCGCAGGGUUAUCGCCCUCCCUUAAGUGUUGGGGAAAGGGACGCAAGAAUCCGGGGGGAGGAUAGGCUGGAUGUGGGCUCGAUGUUGUUCAGGCCUGGUUCAGGCCCAUCCGAUAGGGAGAUGAGAGACGGGCCACUACAUGGGAUUGCAGAUCCAGCAGCGCCUCUGAUGGACAGUAUCAUCAGGAUGCGUGAAACAGGGAUGCCUGGAAGUGACGUGUUGACGGGAAUAGGGAUGGCAAAUCCGAUGCGUGACAUUCUAGGAGAUAGACCGCCGUUUGAUCCGGGAAGAGGGGAUGGAAGGCCAGGAAUGGCCGGUAAUGCGGGAAUGUUCAAACCGAUUGGCCUGGAGCCGUUGGAUAUAGGUCCAAAGAGUUUCAGGAGUGGGUUGGAGUCUGGACCAGGGCUGAUUGGUCCUGAUUCUGGCAUGAGUUUUGGGCCCAUGAUGGGAGAAGGGUCCAUGGGUGAGUUUGGGGGGCGGGAAACACCGUUGUCUGGCAGAGCACCAUCACAGCUGAUGAUGGAUGGUCUUCGAGAGCGAGGUGGACUUGAUUUUGGGAAUCUGAGAGACCCAGCAAGCAUGCCGGGUGUUAAUAUGGUCCCGUUGGAUGUCAAGAGUGGGCUAAGAUUUGGUGAAGGCACGGAUCGGGGACCAUCUGGUUUGGACCCUGCUUUUGCGGGCAGAGACCUAAUGAGAAACAACUGGUUUGGAUCGGGACCUGAGGGAGCGGACAGGGGUGUGGGCAUGCACCCCGAUGAACAUGGGAUGAUGGAGGCCUUUGGCCGGCCAUCCCCUAUGGGUGCCGAAAUGAGUGAACCUGUUGACAAGGGUCUCAGCUUCCACGGUGCCGGAGAAUGGACGGGCGAAUUCCAUAGGGGGAAUGAUCCUCUUUUCAUGGCGGGAAUGGGGCGACUUCCCCCCUGAAGUCUAUGCGGUGUGUUGCUCAGGGAUGGAGUUCUCCGACAACGAGGAGACCAGGAGCAACCGUUUCUCCAAGGCCUGUGACAAGACCAUCAGGGGAUCGGCCACCGCCGCCGCCGCCACCGCCGCCGCCGCCGCCGCCACCGCCACCGCCGCCGCCGCCACCCCCGCCGCCGCCACCCCCACCACGAAUGCUGCCAAAUUCAGAUAGAGGAGGCAGCGCAUGAAGGUAAAAUCAUCUGUUGGUUGCUUUUUUUCUGAAGUUGCCCAGAUGUACGGGGGGUUCCAGGUAAAGUGCACCGGUAAUCUGUGGAGGUGCUUUUGUGUGAAAAUAGGCUGUAGAAUUCCUUCUCUGUCCUUUCAUGAUCUCUCACGACUCUCCUAGGCCUUAAGAUCCUGUUGGCUUGCUUUGUGACAACCGUAGAGGGGUUGGCAGAAGCAGACUGGUUUUGGAGCCUGCAAGAGUGUAUCCUUACAUGUGUAAUGUAAGGGGGUGAAAAAUGAAAUGAGAUAAUGGAUUGUGAAUUCUCAAUACGAAGUACUUGCAAUCAUUAUGUUUUUAAGAUUCCAUUCCAAUCA